UCCAGUCGGGUGACAACCGUAAGGGUUGGUCAAGAUGGCGGUCGACUCACGGUAUUCGCAAGUUAUGAAUGUGAAGAGGAAGCUGUAUAGUUGGGUAAUGAGCUUCCUCGGAGAAUCUAAGGAUUCAGCUAGUGAAUGUGCAUCGGGCAAGCAGCUAGUUCCAGAUGCCAAAGAUAUCGUGGGCAUCCUAAAGUCCACUGGCUUUCGUCUGGUGGACGUAGCAAUGGGCCAGCACAGUGCUGGCGCGGCCAGCAACGCCCUGUGCUGCCGGGUGAUUGUGACCUGCGCCAAGUCUGGGCUGAGCGCGGUGCUGGAGUCGGAGGCCGAAUGCCGCUGCCCUGAGGAGGCCAUGGGAGACGGAGCGUCGGCGUGGUGCGUUAUGUCUCCCUCCGCCAGCCAGGAGAGCUUGGACAAGUCGUGGAACGUGACGGCCAGCUCGCUGAUGCCGAACGUGGCGUCGCACGUGGCGGAGGUGGUGGGCGCGGCGACGCGCUUCCUGGUGCAGCUGCUGGAGGACAAGGGGCUGCCGACGCCGGCCAGGGGCGCGGCGGCUUUGGGGCGGGCGGCGCGCGCUCGCGGCGCCACCCAGGAUCUCUCGCGGACCCUUAGCGGCCGAACGCCCAGCGUUCCGGUUCUGCCCAUGGACACGCCAGGUUCCAAUACCCGACGAAGGUCCCAGCCCUUGUGGCUUGAAGACAUGCAGUGGGAAUUGGCGCUUCGAGAGCCGCUAGGAAUGGACACGCCUCUCCCAGACAUCAGCGGCCUGUCGCUGUCGGGGUCGCAGUCGUUCUCGCGCUCGGAAAACCAGCUCCCGCAGGUCGGCGUGAUCGGCCCGCCGCGGCGCCAGUCCUCCACUCUGGAAGAUUACGCCCUCCAGGGGAAGCUUUCGGAAGACGAGGACGCAAAAGUUGUCUUCGAUGAACAUAUGCGCCUGACCGAACAAACGCGCGUGCUUCGUUCUCCAAGCUACGCAGUCGCCGCCGCUGCAGAUGCAAAAUCUACUGCUACAUCUCCCCCUGCUGCUGCUGCUGCUGCUGCUGCUGCUGCUGCUGCUGCCGCCGCCACCGUUGCCACCACUACAACUACCACUACUGCAACGCCUGCUCCAGCCCUCGCUUCCGCGGUUCCUGCAGGCGCUAUUGCUGCAGAAGUCUCUGCUCCAGCUGCAAAAGUCUCUGCUCCAGCCCAAUUUCGUGUUCCCGUUUCUGCCGCCGAUGUCGGAGACGGAAAUGAACAAACUCAACCGUCAACCGGGAAUGAUUGUUAUGGGCAACAAGCCAACACGGCGUUAUUACUGCCCAGACGAGCACAAGAGGCCCUUCAAACAGCUGAGGGAUUCAUGCAAAACAUGUCGGCGAUUAUGGAAAUGUUGAGGAUGUGGACGAUGCCAGUAGAGAAUUCCCCUGUUGGCGCUGAAAGCCAACGCCCGCGUGCUCGGACCGACGUGCUUGUACCUCCGCCAAACGUAGUCCGUGCGUCUCCACGCGCAACUUCGCCGGCCCUCCUGGUGCCCAGGGCGGGGCCCGCUCGCAAGUCCGCCCCAGCCGGCGGGCUGAAAGUCGACGUGACGCGUCCAACAAAGUCUCGGACCGGCGUGGCGGCCCGCACGGCGAUAAGACUGCGCGUGGCCACGCCCCGGCCGUCCACGGCGCGCGUCAACGCACACCCCGGCCCUGCGGAAAGGGCGGGCGUGAUCCGUGCGGCAGCCAGAGGCCAAUCUCAGCGGGCUGCAGCAACAGCAGCAGCAGCAUCAACUCCAGCGCGAGCGUCGGCUCCGGCGGCGGCCACGCCCCCGGUUGUGAGCGUGUCGGCGCCUUCAGGGUCCCCGACUGUCUCUCCGACGAUGGGCCCCCCACCACAGCCGCCGCCGCGUCGUCCCUCGCUGGAGUGCGCAGACAACUCGUCGGGCCCUCCCGGCGCCGCGUCUCCCAGAGCCGCCGCUGGCACCACUAUCACCACCAGAGUGAUGUUCGCCUCGUCGGGCUUCGCUGGACGUACGAGCAGCCGAGUGCCCCCCGCGCGCUCCGCCCCGCCGCCCCCGCCCAAACCGCUGAAACGCCCGCCCAAAUGAGAUGCAUCCAGGGUUCUCGCGCUGACACCGCUUUCUCUGGGGGCAGAUAGGGGUGCGAGCGAGCCACACUCUUUGACCGAGCAACAAUGAUUUAUUUCCCUUUACAAACUAAAGUUUUCUUAAUGCGUUAAAUUUUAAUGUUUCAGCCCAAAUUUCGUUCGUUAGUUGUAUACACGAAAAUUGACACA